AUGAAUCCGGUGCAGCUGCCGGUCCUCCUCCUCAUGAUAUUGAGUGCGCCGGCAGGUAGCCGCCAGGCCACGGCGAGCCCCCCACCGGACCCGGUGCAGUGCUCGUCUGGUAAUGGCAAAGCUGACUGCACGGUCUCAAGCGCGUACGGAGUGUUCCCAGACCGGUCGACGUGCCGCACCAGCGCCGUGGUGUACCCUUCCUCCGAGGAGGAGCUGGUGCGCGCGGUGGCGAACGCCACGGCCAGCAAGACCAAGAUGAAGGUCACCACCAGGUUCUCCCACAGCAUUCCGCAGCUUGCGUGCCCCGGCGCCGGGGACGGCCGGGGCCUCGCCAUCAGCACCAGGUGGCUCAACCGCGUCGUGGGCGUGGACGCGGCGCGGAUGGAGAUGACGGUGGAGAGCGGCAUCACGCUGCGGGAGCUCAUCACCGCGGCCGCGGACGCCGGGCUCACGCUGCCCUACUCGCCGUACUGGUGGGGCCUGACGGUGGGCGGCAUGCUCGGCACGGGCGCGCACGGCAGCUCGCUCUGGGGGAAAGGCAGCGCCGUCCACGAGUACAUCGUCGGGAUGCGCAUUGUCACGCCCGCUCCGGCCACCGACGGGUACGCCACGGUGCGAGUGCUCACGUCCGCCGACCCGGAGAUGGACGCCGCGAAGGUCUCCCUCGGCGUCCUAGGCGUCAUCUCGCAGGUGACUCUGGCACUACAACCUCUGUUCAAGCGCUCAACUACGUUCAUCGAGCGGGACGACGAUGACCUUGCGGAGCGGGUGCCCGAGUUCGGUUAUGAGCACGAAUUCGCCGACAUUGCUUGGUAUCCGGGUCUAGGGCGAGCUGUGUACCGCAAGGAUGACAGGCUGCCCAUGAACGCUUCUGGCGAGGGUGUGUUCGACUUCAUCGGCUUCCGCCCCACCUCGACCCUACUGAUUCGAGCUAACCGACUGACUGAGGAGCUGUCGGAGCAGGCGGGCGACGGCAACAGCAAGUGCCUGACAUCGAGGGUGAUCCGCACAACAAUCUCGGUAGCCGGGUACGGCCUAGCACGAAGGAACGGCUGGCCGUUCACGGGGUAUCCCGUAGUAGGGAGGCAAGACCGGAUGCAGGCGUCGGGUGGCUGCUUGACGGCGCCGGAGGACGGACUCAGGACAACCUGCCCUUGGGACCCCCGUGUGAGGAGCACCGGCUUUUUCCACCAGACCGCCUUUAGCAUGCCUGUGAGCCGCGCUAGGGCAUUCAUCAAGGAGGUCCGGCGGUUGCAUGAUCUAAACCCCGGGUCUCUCUGUGGCAUCGACCUUUACAACGGCAUCCUAAUGCGCUAUGUCAAGUCAUCCACCGCGUACCUCGGUAAGUCGGCAGUGCGCGGGCAGUCGGCCGACAUGGUAGAGUUCGACAUGACCUACUACCGCAGCCGCGACCCAAGGAGGGCGCGCCUCUACGAGGACGUCCUUGAGGAGAUCGAGCAGAUGGGGGUAUUCAAGUACGGCGGGCUGCCACACUGGGGCAAGAAUCGCAAUGUCGCUUUCGUCGGCGCCUCGCGCAAAUACCCCAAAAUGCGUGACUUCCUGCUUGUCAAGGACGCCUACGACCCGGAUGGCCUCUUCUCCAGCGAUUGGAGUGACAUGAUGCUCGGCAUUGGUGGUGACACACCGACGAACAUUGCACCUGGGUGUGCGCUAGAAGGAAUGUGUGUGUGCUCGCAGGACGUGCACUGCGCGCCGGAACAAGGCUACGUCUGCAGGCCCGGCAAGGUCUACAGGAAUGCCAGAGUCUGCACCAAAGUGUAG